AAUUAUAGUUCUCUUACGUCUACAGUACGACACAGAGCUAUUUACAAAAUGUACAAAUUGGUGGUGUUGUUCGCCGUUUUGGCUGCCGUCUCUGCCAGACCCAGUCAUCUUCUUACACCAGUGGUCCACAGCGCAGCAGUGAUCGGUUCAGUACCAACCAGCAUUAGUGAACACAGCACCUCGAUCGUCCAUAAUCAUGCUUUGGUCCAUGCUGCCCCAGUUGUACACUCUGCUCCACUGAUCCACACCGUUCACGCUGCUCCAGUUUUCCAAGCUUACUCUUCUCCAGUUGUUGUUGCUUCUCCCUACUUAUCUGCUGGACAUUUAUGUGCGAAAUAUUGUGACCUCCUAAAUGGUUUUCUUCUUGAAACGGCUCAUGUUUUAUAUCCAGAGGGGUGGCGUUUUCAGCAAGACAAUGCAAGAUGCCAUACUUGUGCUUAUACUCAAGCUUGGAUACAAGAACACGAAUUGGCAACAAUUCUGUGGCCAGCAGCAUCUCCAGAUUUUAGCCCCAUUGAAAACAUAUGGGGACUGAUGAAGACUGAAGUAGAACAAGCAGCGCCACGAGAUAAAAAGUUUUCUUCAGUUAGUCUCAAACCUCGCAACACAGACCUACUUGUCAAAAUGUUCAAAUUGGUGGUGUUGUUCGCUCUCGUAGCCAUUACCGUAGCUAAGCCAAGUGGUUUGCUGCUUUCGAGCCCUCUGGUAGAAACCUACAGUGCACCAUUAGUAGCCGCUGUUCCCGCUGCUGUUAGCUCCACCUACAGGAAGGACAUCAUCAGCAAACCAGUCGUUGCUGCCUAUUCAGCUCCUGCCAUCUAUGCCGAACCCCUUGUAGAGAAAUACAUCGCUCCAGUCGCUCUUCCUGCUGCCGUUAGCCACAGCUACAGAAGUGAUCUCGUCAGCAGUCCUGUAGUUGCCGCCUACGCUGCACACUAUCCUGCUUUGGCCUACUCCGCUCAAGUUUGGUGAAGAGAGGACUGAGAAACUGGUGAUAAUUUUGGAUUUUUUGUUUGGUUUUGAUUUAAAAUUCAAAAUAAAAUUUAGUUCUAAGUA